CCUAGUACAAAAUUAUUGGGAACAUUGGUGACCCCCACUAAGAUCUUGCAUUAUUUAGCGCCAUCUCGGGAGCCUAGCUGCCCAGCCAGCUCCCUUGUAGCUGCCUUGUAAGCAUAUUGUAAGCCAUGAGCCAGCAUCCAAGGCAGGCACCUCCUAGGUAUUAGAGACGUAUUAGACUCCUGGAAUUCCACUAGUACGGUACUCCCAGCGAUCGUAGGAAUUUUAUCAUUUUACAACAUGAACUAUCAUCCCUCAAUCCUACAAUCCACACUGAUACACAGCAUAUCGAAAAAGCGCACUAGCCAAUCCCAAGUCUAUGAUCUCAUCAAAUGGUUAUAUGUUUGACAAACCGGCAAUGUCAAAUCAACUGCUCACAAUGGCUGUAGCCUGCGAUAUAAAUUCGGAAGUCCGAAGUAAACAUGGAUCGCCACAAUUUUACCUCUGACUACUUGCAGAAGCUAUUUCUAUUAAGAACCCACCGUAUCGGUUACGCCAAACUCACCCUUUGCAGAUUUCAUAAGUAAACUUUAUAAUCGCCGCGACACGUUAUGUUAGUCGACUACAAUCUUAGUUGUAUAUACGCGUUGAUAAACUUACUAUAAGGCCUGGUACUCGCUAUGGCCUACGAUUACGCCCUCGUACAUCUUAAGUACACUAUACCCCCGGCUUGUCUUCUCACUUUCAUUUUGAAGCCGCUUCUUACAAAACUUGACUUGUAUAAAACAUUUACGCUGAUACUAAUUGCUUUCUUUGCGACGCUCCCCUGGGAUUCAUAUCUAAUACGUAAUGGCAUUUGGACAUACCCCCCUGACGCGAUAGCCGGGCCGCGUCUCUUCGAGAUCCCAGCCGAAGAGUUAUUCUUCUUCGUCAUACAGACUUAUAUCACGUCGAUGCUAUACAUCUUGCUCAGCAAGCCUGUUCUCCACGCUCAAUUCCUUACGAGUAAGGAUGACUCUUCACUCAAGUCCCGACGAAUACGAACAGCGGGCCAAGUUCUCUUGAUAGGAUGUGUCAUCGCUGGCAUCUCACUUGUCAAAAAUGGGGGCCAGGGGACAUAUCUUGGCCUCAUCUUAAUAUGGGCCUGCCCCGUCGCACUUCUUACAUGGUCAUUUUCAGGCCACUUUUUGAUUAGACUACCUCCUGCCUGCGUUGUAGUUCCAAUCGUCUUACCCACCGUGUACUUGUGGAUUGUAGACGAGCUUGCCCUAGGGCGUGGAACAUGGGCUAUUGAGUCCGGAACAAAGUUCGGCUGGCGCCUAUGGGGAAGCUUAGAACUGGAAGAAGCCGUGUUUUUCCUCUUUACCAAUGUCUUAAUUGUGUUUGGCCUAAUCGCCUUCGAUAGGGGACUGGCGGUUCUAUACGCUUUCCCGGAACUAUUCCCCGUUGUACCAUAUAUGCCUCCUCCAAGUCUCCUCGCCAAAGCCGUCCUGCUUGAUCCUAUAAAAUAUGACAUGGUACGGGUAAAGGGUAUCAGAGAGGCCGUCCAGACACUGCGGCAAAAGAGCAGGAGCUUCUACUUGGCUAGCUCGGUUUUCCCUGGACGUCUUCGCAUCGAUCUCGUUCUUCUAUACUCCUUUUGUAGAGUAGCAGAUGACCUGGUAGACGAAGCCCAUGGGGAGAGCGAAGCCACACUAUGGAUUAAAAAGCUGACCAACUACCUUGAUCACGUUUACGGUUCGGAUAGCCAACCCCCAUCUUCGAUUGGUACUAUUAAUGAUUUUGUGGGGGAAAACUUCCCGGAGUCAGCAAGGUCUGCGCUGAUACUCUUACCAACAAAGCUUCUCCCAAGCAAGCCAUUUUAUGAGCUCUUGGAAGGAUUCAAAAUGGACCUCUCCUUUGGCGGGACUGACAUUCGUCAACGAACUAGACAGUUUCCUAUUCAAGACGAAGGGGACCUCGAACUUUACGCGCACCGUGUCGCGAGUACUGUCGGGGAAUUAUGUCUAAGGCUCGUAUUCCAUCACAGCACCGCGAAACUUCCAAGCGACAAGGAAUCCAUUCUUGUACUUGCUGCUCAAACGAUGGGACACGCAUUGCAAUACGUCAAUAUUGCUCGCGAUAUCUUAGUGGACGCCGAAAUUGGCCGGGUCUACCUGCCCUCAGAUUGGCUCAAGCAGGAGGAUUUGACACCUCAGGAUGUUAUCAAAGACCCAAGACAGCCAAAAGUGGAAAUUCUCAGACAGAAGUUACUUGAUUGCUCGUUUAAGCAGUAUGGGCGAUCACGAGAUACCAUGGACAUACUUCCCCACGACGUUCGCGGUCCUUUGAUCGUAGCUGUUGAGAGCUACAUGGAAAUAGGCCGGGUUUUACGAGAAAGAACUGGCGUCCCUUCGAAAACUCGUAAGGGGCGGGCAACGGUUCCUCGAUCAAGACGGAUACGGGUUGCAUGGAAGAAUCUUUCUACUGCAUGACCAUUAUUUCGUUUUAUUUUUCGGAUUUUAGCUAUAUGUUUCUCUUUAAUUGGUAAUCGGGCAUGAGGAGCGAUCUAUCAUUUAGGUUGGAUGGUAUUACGAUGAUGUGUACCUAUAUGUAGAAUAAUAGCGUAGAUAUGUGCUAUCCCCUCUUCUGAAUUCUGGCUUUCGGUGUUGGGAUACUACUCAUUGUGUUGGAAGCUAUAGGUAUAUUUCACAAUUUCUGCGACAAGUUUAUGAGAUAUUCAAAGUUAAGUUGUAAUCUCCUUGCUGAUUAUUCGUAUUAAAUAAAUACUAUCAACA